CUAGCACUUUGUUAGAUAAAUUGUUAAAGGCAUAAAUCAUUUAAAGCAGAACGUGUUGGGUAUUCCUUCAACCAAACGUAAUUUUUCUGUUGUGAAUGUUUCUGAUCCCGACUUGAGUUGAAUAUGUUCACCGCAUUUAUGGCGCGAACGGCUGCAGUUUCGGUGACCGUAUAUGUGUCGUGCCGAGCUGGAGUUUGGGGCAAGACGGAGGAUUCGGAUCGCCUAUUGCAGCAGAUCACCACGGUUAUUCAUCCGGUGACUAAGCUGGUGAGGCGAGUGCUGCCCUUCGAGCAGACCGAGCUGAGCGUGGGCCAGUUGGCUCGGGAGUACUACAACGAAGGCGUCAAGGGAACAUUCCACAUUAUCCGCAACAUACCCAACUACUCGGGAGAUCUGGCCAAAGGAGCCAAGUUUACCUGCCUGGAAUUGGUCCAAAAAGCUUGGGUAUUGCGUCAACAUGAUGGUACCUGGUUAAAUACCUCCAAGGACAAUGCCAAGCUGAAGGAUGCUCCUCUAGAUCCUGCUGCCGGCGAUGGGUACUCCCAAGAACUCGUCGUUAUCGAGAGACCGGGGAAUAUAGACGCCUUUGCCGGGGACGGUAAUGUGGCCCUAAAACGGAGAACAAAGUGAGGGAUUAAACAUAAACAAAUACUGCCCAAGUCAGAAAAAAAAAUCAACCUCACCAUGAUUUGCCCUUUGCACAAUCUAAUUGUUAAAUCUUUGAGUAAAGUUCGAGCAUUUAAAUCAA